AUGGUGGGGUUUGAUGAUGUCAUGCUUCAACUCAUGGAGAAGCUCGUUUAUGGAGAACAGAGUCGCCAAGUCAUCCCAAUCAGUAGGGAUGGGAGGAAUUGGAUUUCUAAAACCAAUAAGUGGCAAGAGUUUGGAAACAAUUGCAAAAGAGUACUUAAUGAACUAGUUGAUAGAAAUCUAAUUCUUGUUCACAAGUUUGGGAAAACUGGAAACAUGAAGUGGUGCAAAAUUCAUGAUUUAUUGAGAGACCUUUGCUUGAAAGAAGCUGAAAAGGAGAGGUUUUAUGAUGUGGUCGGGCAACAUAGUCCUCAAGGCACGUGUAGCCAACGACGUGUAGCUAUUAUGGGAAGUACUCCAAAGGAGAAAGUGAUUGAUGCCAUGAAUUCUAGACCGUAUGCCCGAACAUGUAUAAGUGAUCGUGAAAGAGUUCUACUGUUGCCCAAUUUAAAAUUGGUGAGGACAAUGAGAUUAUGCGAUGAUGAUUAUUACAGCACUGAGUAUUCCUCCCUGGGAAAAUUGUUUGAGUUGGUUAAUUUGAAACUUCUUGCCGUUCACUUUGACGGGCGCUCUAGCAUCCACGGGCGCUCUAGCCAAGUUCCUUCUUCCAUGAAUCGUUAA